AUGCCCGGCCCGGCCCCGGCCCCGGCGCCACCCCCCGGCAGCGCCUUCACCAUCGCGGCGCUGCUGGGACGCGCGGCCCCCCCCCGGCCCGUCCCGCUGCUGCCGCCGCCGCCGCCGCCGCUGUGGGAGCUCCCCUCGGGCCCCGCCGCCACCGCCGCCCGGGUCCCGCCGCCGCCGCCGCCGCCCUGCGCCGCCUGCAGCGGGGUCCCGCCCGCCUGGGCAGCCCGGUUCGGGGCUACAGGCUUCUUGAUCUCCAAGUGCUCUUUGCCCAUCUUCAAAGCCAAGAGUGGCAAAGCCAAGCGGGUCCGGACCAUCUUCACCAGUGACCAACUGGCGCGGCUGGAGAAGGAGUUUGCGCGGCAGCAGUACAUGGUGGGCACGGAGCGGUGGCUGCUCGCCUCCUCCCUGCACCUCACUGAGGAGCAGGUGAAAGUAUGGUUCCAAAACCGGAGGAUCAAGUGGAGGAAACAAAGCCUGGAACAGCAACAAGCCAAACUGGCCAGAAUGGGUGGCCACUCCACAGAGGAGCCCGGACUCACAGAGCCACCACGGUGA